AUGGAUGAAUUCUGCGUUCGUCUCCUCUCCUACUUCGACCGCGGUAUGGACGGCAAACCCGGCCGUUGGCCUCACUCCCUCCCUUCCGCCGAGGACAUGGCGGGCGCUGGCUACCGCUUCGAAGGCAACCAGAAACUCGGAGGCGAUAUCGUCGUCUGCGACUUUUGCACUAUGCAGGCGUGGGCGUGGGAGAAAAAGGAUGAUCCGUUCACCCAGCACAUGGAGUCCAAGAGCUGUGACUACGUCGACAGCGAGAUGUUCCGGGAACAUCAUGACAAGUUCCUCCAGAAGCAGGGUGAGACCAAGAAGAUGGACGACUUGAUGCUCACGCCUCCUGCGACUCCUACCAAGAAGUCGUACAAGCCCCGCCGUAAGCUUGGCUUGUCCUCGAUCGUCACUGUGUACGACAGCAUGCCUACCGAGGAAGCGGACCGCAAGGCCGGCAACGGCAACGGCAAGCCUGUCGAGAUUGCGGUUUCCACUGGAGAGACCAGAAUCCUUAUCAAAAUCACUGACGGCGGCGAGCGAGGCACCAAGAGAAUCCGCCUCGAGUGA